GAAUUCUUGUUCAGUGCUCAUAAGAGAUAAAAUUCUUAUGAGAUUUAUUGUAUUAUUGUAUCCUUCUCUACUAUCUGCCCUUAAUCCUCACUGCAUUUAUUCAUUUCUCAACAGUGAUCUUGAUUAUUGUAAAUUAAAGUGAAAAUAUUUGAAGAAUCAAAAUCUGUAACAAAGUUGGAGUGAAUCAUCUAAGUUAAAAAAAAAUUAAGAAGAUGUUCAAAAGUAAUCAAAGUUAUCCUCAAAGUAUUGCUCAAGGUCCACCACUGGAGCCUAAAAAAAAUCCAAUUACGGAGGAGUAUGAAAUAUCAAAUAAUGUUUUGGGCUUAGGUAUCAAUGGAAAAGUUGUCGAAUGCAUCAAAAAAUCCAGUGGAACAAAAUUUGCAUUAAAAGUUCUUCAUGAUAAUAGCAAAGCAAGAAGAGAACUGGAACUUCAUCUUAAAGCUAGCGGAUGUCGAAACAUUGUGAAAAUUGUUGACGUUUUUGAGAACACAUACUCAGGAACUAAAUGUCUGCUUGUUGUGAUGGAAUGCAUGGAAGGAGGUGAAUUAUUUCAACGAAUACAAGAUCGACAAGAUGGUCCAUUCACUGAACGCGAAGCAGCUCAAAUCAUGCACGAAAUAUGUGUAGCUCUAAAAUAUUUACACGAUAGAAAUAUUGCCCAUCGUGACUUAAAGCCAGAAAAUCUUUUGUACACAUCACCUCAUUAUGAUGCAAUCAUCAAACUGACAGAUUUUGGUUUUGCUAAGGAGACUUAUGUUAAAGACACACUUCAAACGCCAUGCUACACGCCCUACUAUGCUGCGCCUGAGGUCUUAGGCCCUGAGAAAUAUGACAAGUCGUGCGAUAUUUGGUCUCUUGGUGUAAUUAUGUACAUUUUACUUUGUGGGUUUCCUCCAUUUUACAGUAAUCAUGGUUUGGCUAUAUCGCCGGGUAUGAAAGCAAGAAUCAGAACGGGUCAAUAUGAUUUUCCAGCACCUGAAUGGAGCAAUGUGACAACUGAAGCAAAGGACUUAAUAAAAGGAAUGUUAAGUGUUGAUCCUAACAAAAGACUAACAAUAGACGAGGUAAUAAAAAAUAAUUGGAUCGCUCAAUAUACAAAUGUUCCACAAACGCCAUUGCAUACAAAUCGAAUUUUAAAAGAAGAAGAACAACAAUGGCCUGAAGUUCAGGAAGAGAUGAAUCGUUCACUAGCUUCAAUGCGAGUAGAUCCGGGACUUCAUUUGAAAAAUUUGGACAAUUCCAGCAAUGCUUUGCUUAACAAACGAAAAAAGGCAAAAGGUGCCGAUCAGGGAGAAAGUUCUGUGAACUUUCUAACCAAGUUUUAAUCACAUAACACGAACAGAAGAAGUCUUUCCAAUCUUUUUUGGUUUGAAUCUUUUCAAAAUUUAGUAGACAUCACUUUAUAGAUUCCUUUUCCGUAAUCUUAUCAAUUUAAUAAUAAUUAUGUAAUCCAACUAGUGGAUUACUCCAUCAACUUUUGUUAAAUAUUAAUUUCUGUCAAUUCUACUAUUUAAUUAACUUAGAACAAGUCAAUCGAGCAUACUUUAGAAAGAAGAAAACCUUUUCUUUUAAUUAUUAAUAACAAUAAUAUUUAAAUACUUAUGUAAGGUUCUUGACAACCGCGUAAAACGUCCUGAAAGAAGAAAAAGGUUUAAGGGUUAAAUUAUGUUAAUUGUCUCAUGUUCAAAAUGUUUUCUUAAAAGGAAAUUUUAAAAUUCCUUGAUGACGAUAAAGAAGUGUGUUUAGCAGAAAAAAGUUAGUUUUUAAUGUCAAUAACGAUUGAAUAAGCAUAAAUAAAUACAUUCAUGCAGACGAUUAUGCUUCUGCAUUUAUUUUUCCUAUCAAUACGCACGUGAAACGAGCCUAACAUUUAUAAAAGAAGAUAGAAAAGUUAAGAGAAAUGUUAUGUCGUACCUGAGACGGCCCUCAAAUAAUUGAUCAAAUUCUAAUAUGUACUUGCAUCAAACAUUAAAUUUGAUUGUUUCAUGAUCCAAAAUAUUGUUAAUUAAAGUAAGUACGACACUGGAGAAAAAUAUCAUCAAAUUAAUGUUUAAAGAAGAUUAAAAGACGAAAUGAAAACUCCUUCGAACUUUUUUAAAAGCGUUUCUCGUUGUGAAGUUAUUAAAUGAAAAUUAUUCCAUAAAAAAAUUCUACCUGGAAAUUAUAAUGUCAAGUUAUCCGACAUAAAUUAAAAUGUUUAAAAAUAUUUUAUGUAGCAAAUCA